CUCUUCCCUUCCGACUUCCCCCCACUCCCGUUGCUUCCGCGGUUCCGCCCUAGCCCCUAGGCCCAGCCCUGAACGCCCCAAAUUCCCCAAAUCCCCCGGCCCCCGCUCCCACCCGCCGAGCUCGCCGUCAACCCUCCUCACAGGACCCAAUGGAGGAAGGCAGCGACGCACAACCGCCGCCCCCACCCCACGCCGAAGCCACGGAGCAACCACCCCCCGUCCCAAUGGACCAAGACGGGAGCCGGGAAGCAACCGCAGAACCCAUGGAGGACGGAGAAACCGCCGCCGCAGAUGCGUCCGAGGUCGCGGAUCCCAUGGAGGACGGGGAAACGGCAGGAGACUCCGCGGCGGCCGCGGAGCCCAUGGAGGACGACGCGCCCACGUCCUCGCCGACCCCGUCGGCGCCGUCCGCCACCGCGGCCGUCGACGACUCCACCAUCGCGCGGAAGCGCCGCCGCCGGAAGAAGCAGUUCCCUGGUAUGAUUCCCACGGCCGGCGUCCGCGUCCUCCGCGGAUCCUCCUCCUCCUCUGCCCACACGGCGGCGCAUCUGACCGGCGUCCCGCGCCGCCGGGGGCGGCCCCCGACAUCCUCUUCUCUCCGCCUCGCCCGGGAGCUCGACUCCGAGGCCCUCAUCGCUCUCGCCGCGGGGUUCCCCGCGGACUCCCUCUCCGAGGACGAGAUCGUUGCCGCUGUGCUCCCACGCAUUGGCGGCGCCGAGCAGGCCAACUACCUCGUCGUUCGCAACCACAUCGUCGCGCUCUGGCGCUCUAAUCCCCUUUCCCCAGUCGCACCCAACGCCGCGCUUGCUUCUAUUCGCGCUGAGCACGCGCCCCUUGUUGCCGCGGCGCAUUCCUUCCUGUCCGAGCACGCGUACAUCAAUUUCGGGCUCGCCCCCGCCGUCCUCUCGCUCCCCCCACGGUCUCCUCCAUCCUUUCCUCCCCCAUCGGUCCUCAUUAUUGGCGCUGGCCUUGCUGGUCUGGGCGCCGCGCGCCACCUUAUAGCACUAGGCUUCAAGGUGGCCAUCAUCGAAGGUCGACUACGACCCGGCGGCCGUGUGUUUACCAAGACAAUGUGUUCAUCUGCUGCAGAGUAUCCUGAUACAGUUGCUGCUGCUGACCUUGGAGGCAGCGUGCUCACCGGUAUCAAUGGGAAUCCCCUUGGUGUCAUUGCACGGCAGCUUGGAUUCCCGCUCCACAAAGUGCGGGACAAAUGCCCACUGUAUCUUCCAGAUGGCCGCCCAGUUGACCCCGACAUGGAUGCUCGUGUUGAGGCUGCUUUUAAUCAGCUUCUGGACAAGGUUUGCCAGUUGAGGCAGGUGAUUGCAGAUGGUGUGCCACAUGGUGUUGAUUUGUCACUGGGCAUGGCACUUGAGGCAUUCCGAGCAGCGCAUGGUGUUGCAGCUGAGCAUGAAGAAAGGAUGCUUCUGGACUGGCAUUUGGCGAACCUGGAGUAUGCUAAUGCUGCCCCUCUUGCUGAUCUCUCCAUGGCCUUCUGGGACCAGGAUGAUCCGUAUGAAAUGGGCGGAGACCACUGCUUUAUUCCUGGUGGAAAUUCUCAGUUUGUCCGUGCACUUGCUGAUGGCAUCCCGAUAUUCUAUGGGCAGAAUGUGCAAAAGAUACAGUAUGGGCGUGAUGGUGUGAUGGUGCACACUGAUAAGCAGUCGUUUCGUGGUGAUAUGGUUCUCUGUACAGUUCCUCUUGGCGUGCUCAAGAAGGGUGACAUCAAGUUUGUGCCUGAGCUACCUGCUCAGAAGAAAGAGGCCAUCCAGAGAUUGGGUUUUGGUCUGCUUAACAAGGUUAUGAUGCUGUUCCCUUAUGAUUUCUGGGAUGGUAGGAUUGAUACAUUUGGUCACUUGACAGAAGAUUCUUGUCAGCGUGGCGAGUUCUUCCUGUUCUACAGCUAUUCUUCUGUCUCAGGAGGGCCAUUGCUCAUUGCCCUUGUUGCUGGGGAAUCUGCAGUCAAGUUUGAGCAGGCUUCACCAAUGGAAAAUGUUGAGAAGGUGCUAGCAACACUUAGGAAAAUCUUUUCUCCCAAGGGGAUUGAAGUUCCAAACCCAUUGCAAGCAAUAUGCUCUCGAUGGGGUACCGACAGGUUUACUUAUGGAUCAUACUCAUAUGUGGCUAUUGGCGCUUCUGGUGAUGACUAUGACAUUUUGGCUGAGAGUGUGCAUGAUAGAGUUUUCUUUGCUGGGGAGGCAACAAAUAGGCGAUACCCCGCUACAAUGCAUGGAGCCCUGCUUAGUGGGUAUAGGGAGGCUGCUAACAUUUUAAGAGCAGCUAGAAGGAGAGCCAAAAAAGUGGACUCACCUGAGAAAAUGGAUGUUAAUGUUGAAGUAAAAGUGGAUGUCAACUGUGAAGUCAAAGACAAUGUUAAAGAUAGCAAUAUUGAUUUGGAUGAUCUCUUCCGUUCUCCUGAUGCUGCAUUUGGGGGCUUCUCAGUUCUCCAUGAUCCAUCUACCUCUGAACCAGAUUCAAUUUCCUUGCUGCGUGUUGGAAUUGGUGCUAGAAAGCUAGGUUCUGGUUCACUUUUCCUCUAUGGAUUAAUAGUGAGAAAGAAUGUAGCUGUGCUGGCUGCAAUUGAGGGUGAUGAACAACGGUUGAGUACAAUGUACCGAGAUUUUGGGACAAAACUUGUGGGAUUGGAUAGCUUGGGUGAUGCUGGGGAAAGUCUUAUCUCUCGGAUAAAGGCUGCUUCUAGGAAAUAAUGCCAAAUGGAGAAUAAUCAAAGUUCAUAUCACCACAUCAAACAAUGUGAGAUUCGAAUCAGCGCUUCUUGUUCGUAACUGCAUGUGAUCUGACCUUAGGGGGCUUAAGAUUUAUCUGCAUGAGUUGUUCCACUUCCACUUGCUUGGGAUUAAAAGGCUUUGUUGAUGUUGAUGAGUUGUUCCACUUCCACUUCCACCUAUAAUGCCAUGGGAAAUGUGGAGAACAAAAGGAUAUGAGGUUCUGGAUGACCCUAGCAUAUUAAUAUUCUGGUCUGUCAUUGCUAUUAUUCCGAGUAUCCCCCAAGACAUGAACUGUGAACUGGAGUGGCACGCAGGCGCAGCACAUUAUUUCAGAGAAUGAUCGCUUAUGUAUGAUUUCUCCUGUAGCGCCAAGGAUUCUGGGUCCACAUCCCGUUGCAUUAGCUGAACAUUGGCAGUCCGAUUCAAGAUGGAAACCUCAGCAAUAUUAGUCGGGCCACAGGUCUGCAAGAACACAAAACACAGGCUGUAUCAUUUUUAAAUCUUAAAAAAGUUUCCCUAGUUUGCUCGUUUCUCAUCGUUGCUACUAUCUUGUUUCCAAACAGAGCUUGUCUGUAGCAGUUGUAUUUAGAUGGCGAGCUCUUCAAGGCACCCUGCAAAUGUGUCUGUGAAUUGUGAUUAGUUGAAACCGUCAGGUGCUCUAGUCACUGUACCUGGCGCUAAUUGCUGCAGCUCUGUAUGAUCUUUCCGAAAGGUGCCAUUGGGUUCCUAUACUAUUAUCCCCGCUCACUUUGAUGCGGUCUGUCGUUUGUUCUUGGCAGUGAGCCAGUAAUGCAAUGCCAGGUUUGAAUCCUGCUGCUUUUGCGGCAGAUUUUA